UGUCCACCUGCCCGUGACACCUGAGGGGCUUCACCUGAGCCAAAUUCCUGCUGGAGAAACUGGAAAAUGCCUGCCGGGCUGGAAGGGCGCCGGGGCCUCGCCACGGGUGGAGGCCAACGGACAGUUUGGAGAGCUGGACGGGUCACUGCACGUGGCCGGAGGGGCUCCGUGUCCCCACGGGGAGCUCGGCGGCUCCUCCUCCGUGGACGUGGGCAAAAUCAAGAUCCCGACGUUAAAAAUCCCCAAAUUCGGGGUCCAGGCCGGCGGUGAAGCUCCGGCCCCGCAGGUGGACGCUGGGGUGGACGUCACCUGCUCGCCCGCCCCGGUGCCACAGGUGGACUUGGCGGUCAAAGAUGCCACCAAGGUCCCCUCCCCUCCGCUGGACGUCCCCAGCAUGGAGAUCCCAACCACGGAUGGCACCAAGGGGAAAAUCAAAAUCCCGCACUUGACCUUCCCCAAAUUCACCGCGCAGGGUGACGGCAAUGCCACCGUGGAUGUCCCCAAGGGCGUGGCCGUCCCCAAGGGCGUGGCCGGCCCCGAGGUGGCCCUGGAGGGAGAAUGGAAAGGCCCCACCUUCAAGAAGGUGGAAACGCCCCAAAUUUCGCUGUCGGACGUGAACCUGAACCUGAGGGGCCCCAGAGGGGAAGGGGACCCCAAAGGACUCAGCCCCAAGGGGCUCCAGGUGGACCUGAAGGGGCCCCAGGUGGACGUGGCCGGGCCUGGGGGUGGCCUGAAGGGCGUGGAGAUGGACAUGGGCGUGAAGGGGCUGAAGGGAGGAGUGGACGUGGCCGUGCCCACCCUGGGGGGUGAAUUGAGGGGGCCACAACUGGACCUGAAAGGGCCCCAGAUUGGGGUGGAGGUGCCCGGAAUGGACAUCAAAGGCCCCGAGAUGGGCAUCAAGACCCCCCAAGUGUCCGUCCCCGACGUCGACCUGAGCCUCAAGGGGCCCGGAGUGAAGGGAAAUGUGGAUGUUUCUGCUCCAAAACUGGAAGGGGAGCUGAAGGGCCCUGGGCUGGACGUCAAAGGCCCGAAAGUGGAGGUGGGGAGCCCAGAAAUGGAGAUCCAGGGUCCCGAGGGAAAACUGAGGUUCCCCAAGCUGAAAAUGCCCAAAUUUGGGGUGAAGGGAGAGACCCCCAGUGCCGAGGUGACCCUUCCCAAAGGGGGGGUGGACGUCUCCUGCCCCAAGGUGGACGUCAGCGUCCCGAGCGUGGACAUCAAGGGCCCCAAGGUGGACGUUGAAGCACCUGAAGUGGACGUGCACGGCCCCGAGGGGAAAUUCAAGAUGCCCAAAUUUAAAAUGCCCAAAUUUGGGAUGCCUGGGGUCAAGGCAGAAGGUCCAGAGCUGGACGUGAACCUCCCAAAGGGCAGCGUGGAGGUGUCCGGCCCCAAGGUGGACGUUGAGGGGCCGAGUUUGGACAUCCAGGCCCCCAAAAUCUCCGUGCCGGACGUCGAGCUGACCCUGAACGGUGCCAAGGCCAGCGGCGACCUGGACGUGUCCGUGCCGGGUUUGAAGGGCCCCGAGCUGGACAUCAAAGGCCCCAAAGUCGAGGUUGAAGCCCCAGAUUUGGACGUCCAAGGGCCCGAGGGCAAACUGAAGUUCCCCAAGAUGAAAAUGCCGAAAUUUGGGGUGAAGGGAGAGAGCCCCGAGCUCGAGGUGACCCUUCCCAAAGGGGCGGUGGACGUUUCGGGUCCCGAUGUCACAGUCGAGGUUCCCCAUGUGGACCUGAAGGGCCCCAAGGUGAAGGUGCCCGAGGUGGGCAUCAGAACCCCCCAGAUCUCCAUGCCCGACAUCGACCUGAGCCUCAAAGGGCCCAAAGUCAAGGCAGAUUUGGACGUUUCAGCCCCAAAACUGGAAGGGGAGCUGAAAACCCCCGGGCUUGACCUCAAAGGCCCCAAAGUUGAGGUUGAAGCCCCAAAUUUGGAUGUUCAAGGGCCUGAGGGCAAACUGAAGUUCCCCAAGAUGAAAAUGCCCAAAUUUGGGGUGAAGGGAGAGAGCCCCGAGCUCGAGGUGACCCUUCCCAAAGGGGGGGUGGACAUUUCUGCCCCCAAGGUGGACAUUUCUGCCCCAGGGGUGGACAUUUCUGCUCCCAAGAUGGACAUUUCUGCCCCCAAGAUGGACAUCAACGUACCCAGUGUGAACAUGGAAGGGCCGGAGGUCAAAGGGAAAGGCCUCAAGUUCAAAAUGCCCGAACUCAACGUUCAGACCCCAAAACUCUCCAUGCCCGAUGUGGAUCUGGGCUUGAAGGCCCCAAAACUCAAAGGGGACCUCGGAAUCUCUGGGCUGAAGGGCCCAAAAAUGGAUGUGAAAGGCCCCAAGGUGGACGUGGAAAGUGCCAAAAUUGACGUGAAAGGUCCCAGGUUGGAUGUGGAAGGUCCCAAGGUGGAUGUGGAAGGUCCCAAGGUGGACGUGGACGUGCCCGAGGUGGACUUGGAGUGUCCAGAAGGGAAGGUGAAAGGUCCCAAAUUCCGGAUGCCCAAACUCAACAUCAAAUCCCCCAAAAUCUCGAUGCCUGACGUGGAUUUGAACCUGAAGGGACCCAAAGUGAAGGGAGACGUGGACGUGUCCCUCCCCAAGGUGGAAGGGGAGUUGAAAGCUCCAGAAGUGGAUAUUAAAGGGCCGAAGGUGGACGUGGAGGUGCCCAGCGUGGAUUUGGAGGGGCCCGAGGGGAAGAUUAAAGGGCCCAAGUUCAAGAUGCCUGAGAUGCACAUCAAGACCCAGAAGAUCUCCUUGCCCGACGUGGACAUCAACCUCAAGGGCCCCAAGGUCAGGAGCGACGUGGACGUGUCCCUGCCAAAGCUCGAGGGUGACCUGAAGGGCCCUGAACUGGACAUCAAAGGCCCCAAGGUGGACAUUGAGGCACCGGAUGUGGGCAUUCAUGGUCCAGAAGGAAAAUUCAAGAUGCCCAAGUUCAAAAUGCCCAAAUUUGGGAUGUCAGGGGUCAAAGCAGAAGGUCCUGAGGUGGACGUGAACCUCCCGACAGGAAACCUGGAUGUGUCCGGCCCCAAGGUGGACAUUGAAGGUCCAGAGGUGGACGUGGAGCUGCCAGAGGGGAAGGUGAAGGGCCCCAAGUUCAAGAUGCCCGAGAUGCAUUUUAAGACUCCCAAGAUCUCCAUGCCCGACAUUGACCUGAACCUCANGCCGAGUGUGGACAUUGAGGGCCCAGAGGGGAAGAUCAAAGGCCCCAAGUUCAAGAUGCCCGAGAUGCACAUCAAGGCCCCCAAAAUCUCCAUGCCCGACGUCGAUUUCAACCUGAAGGGCCCCAAAAUCAAGGGUGACAUGGACGUCUCUGCCCCGAAGCUGGAGGGGAACCUGCAGUGCCCAGAUGUUGACCUCAAGGGCCCCAGGGUGGACAUUCAGGCCCCAGACGUGACCCUGGAAGGGCCCAAGGUGAAGAUGCCCGAGAUUCACGUCAAGACCCCCCAGAUCUCUAUGCCCGCCAUUGACCUGAACCUGAAGGGGCUGAAGGUCAAAGGUGACGCUGACCUGCAUGGCCCCAAGCUCGAGGGGGGCCUCAAGGGGCCCGAUCUGGACAUCAAAGGCCCCAAGGUGGACAUCGAGGGCCCCGCGGUUGACGUCGAUGGUCUGGAGGGGAAGGUGAAAUUGCCCAAAAUGAAAAUGCCCAAAUUUGGCUUGAAGGGCGAAGGCCCCGAGGUGGACGUGAACCUGCCCAAGGCCGAGGUGGAUCUGUCUGGGCCCAAGGUUGAUCUCAGCCUGCCAGAAGUCAACGUUGAAGGUUCGGAGGGCAAAGUGAAAGGGCCUAAACUGAAAAUGCCCGAAAUGCACGUGAACGUCCCCAAAAUCUCCAUGCCCGAGAUAGACUUGAACCUGAAAGGCCACAAAACGAAGGGCGGCUUUGACAUUUCCACCCCCAAGGUGGAAGGUCACCUGAAGGGCCCCGAGGUCGACCUCAAAGGCCCAGAAUUUGGGGUGAAAGGCCCAGAAUUUGGGGUCAAAGGCCCUGAAGUUGACGUUGAAUGUCCCGAUGUGAACGUGGAGGUCCCAGAAGCCAACAUCAAAGCUCCCAAGUUCAAAAAGUCCAAAUUUGGGUUCGGCAUGAAGGCCCCCAAGGCCGAGGUGGAUUUACCCGAGGCAGAGCUGAGCGUGGAGUCCCCCGAGGCCCACCUGGCCACCAAGGGCAAGAAGAGCAAGUUCAAGAUGCCCAAAAUCCACAUGAGCGGCCCCAAAGUGAAGGGCAAGAAGGGCGCGUUUGAGGUGAAUGUGGACAUGGAGCUGCCAGAGGGGAAGAUCAAAGGCCCCAAGUUCAAGAUGCCUGAGAUGCAUUUUAAGACCCCCAAGAUCUCCAUGCCCGACAUUGAUUUGAAUCUCAAAGGCCCCAAACUGAAGGGGGACGUUGAUGUUUCCCUUCCCAAAGUUGAAGGAGACCUGAAGGCCCCAGACAUCGACAUCAAGGGCCCUAAGGUCGAUGUUGAUCUCCCCGACGUUGAUUUAGAAGGGCCCGAGGGGAAGAUCAAAGGCCCCAAGUUCAAGAUGCCCGAGAUGAACAUCAAGGCCCCCAAGAUCUCCAUGCCUGAUGUUGAUUUCAACCUGAAGGGCCCCAAAGUCAAGGGUGACAUCGACAUCUCUGUCCCUAAACUUGAAGGUGACCUGAAGGGCCCUGAUAUUGACAUCAAGGGCCCCAAAGUGGACGUUGAUGUGCCAGACGUGGACAUUCACGGCCCGGAAGGGAAAAUCAAAAUGCCCAAGUUCAAGAUGCCCAAAUUUGGCUUUUCUGGUCCCAAAGUGGAAGGCCCCGAGGUGGACGUGAGCCUACCCACAGGAAACCUGGAUGUUUCCGGCCCCAAGGUGGACAUUGAAGGUCCAGAGGUGGACAUUGAUCUCCCAGAGGGGAAGGUGAAGGGUCCCAAGUUCAAGAUGCCCGAGAUGCACAUCAAGGCCCCCAAGAUCUCCAUGCCCGACCUCGACCUGAACCUGAAGGGCCCCAAGGUCAAGGGUGACGUGGACGUGUCCCUGCCCAGCGUGGAGGGAGAGCUGAAAGGGCCCGAGGUCAGCGUCACCGGCCCCGAGGUGGCCAUCGACAGCCCCGAGGGCAAAUUCAAACUGCCCAAGUUCAAGAUGCCCAAAUUCUCCAUGCCGGGGUUCAAGGGCGACGGGGUGGACGCUGACCUGACCCUCCCCAAGGGCGACGUGGCCAUUUCGGGCCCCAGCGUGGACCUGGAGGCUCCUGAGCUGAGCGUGGACGGGAAAGCCAAAGGUCCCAAAUUCUCCAUGCCUGAGAUGCACAUCAAGGCCCCCAAGAUCUCCAUGCCCGACGUCGACUUCAACCUGAAGGGCCCCAAAAUGAAGGGGGACGUUGAUGUUUCCCUUCCCAAAGUUGAAGGAGACCUGAAGGCCCCAGACAUCGACAUCAAGGGCCCCAAAGUCGAUGUUGAUCUCCCCGAUGUGGAGCUGGAAGGGCCCGAGGGGAAGAUCAAAGGCCCCAAGUUCAAGAUGCCCGAGAUGCACAUCAAGGCCCCCAAGAUCUCCAUGCCUGAUGUUGAUUUCAACCUCAAAGGGCCCAAAGUCAAGGGUGACAUCGAUGUCUCCGUCCCCAAGCUGGAGGGUGACCUGAAGGGCACUGAACUGGACAUCAAAGGCCCCAAAGUGGACAUUGAAGCACCCGACGUGGACAUUCACGGCCCAGAAGGGAAAAUCAAAAUGCCCAAGUUCAAGAUGCCCAAAUUUGGCUUUUCUGGUCCCAAAGUGGAAGGCCCCGAGGUGGACGUGAACCUUGCUGAGGCCGAGGUCAACAUUUCGGGUCCAAAAGUCGAAGUUUCUGUCCCCGAGCUGGACAUUGAGGGCCCCGAGGGGAAACUGAAGGGGCCCAAGCUGAAGAAGCCAGAGCUGCAGUUCAACGUUCCCAAGAUCUCCAUGCCCGACAUUGACCUCAACCUGAAGGGCCCCAAACUCAAAGGUGACCUCGAUGCUUCUCUGCCCAAGGUGGAGGGUGAGCUGAAGGGCCCCAAAGUGGACAUCAAAGGGCCGGAGCUGGAUCUGGAGGGGCCAAAGGUGGACCUGGAAGGAAAAGCUAAAAAAUCCAGGUUUAAACUUCCCAAGUUUGGCUUUUCUGGCCCAAAAGUUCAGAGCCCCGAGGUGGAUGUGAAGGCUAAAAAGCCUGAGGUGGAGCUGUCUGGCCCCAAAGUCGAGGUCCAGGGUCCGGAUUUGGACGUGCAGGGAAAAUCCAAGGGCUCCAAAUUCAAAAUGCCUUUUCUGAACAUUUCUUCACCCAAAAUGUCGAUGCCGGACGUGGAGCUGAACCUGAAGGGGCACAAGAUGAAGGGGGAGUUUGACCUGUCCACCCCCAAACUGGAGGGGGAGCUGAAGGGUCCUGAGGUGGACAUCAAGGGCCCCAAGGUCAACAUCGAGGCCCCCGACAUGGACAUUCACGGCCCGGAGGGGAAAAUCAAAAUGCCCAAGUUCAAAAUGCCCAAAUUUGGUGUUCCUGGGUUCAAAGGGGAGGGGCCAGAGGUGGACGUGAACCUGCCCACAGGAGAACUGGAUGUGUCCGGUCCUAAAGUGGACAUUGAAGGUCCAGAGGUGGACAUUGAGGGGCCGGAGGGGAAGAUUAAAGGGCCCAAGUUCAAGAUGCCCGAGAUGAACAUCAAGGCCCCCAAGAUCUCCAUGCCCGACAUCGACCUGAACCUGAAGGGCCCCAAGGUCAAGGGGGACGUGGACGUGACCCUGCCCCAGGUGGACCUGAAGGGACCCAAGGUGGACGUGGAGGUUCCCGACGUCGACAUCGAGGGUCCGAAAGGGAAAAUCAAAGGCCCCAAAUUCAAAAUGCCCGAGAUGAACAUCAAAGCCCCCAACCUGUCCAUGCCAGACCUGGACCUCAACCUGAAAGGUCCCAAGGUCAAAGGGGGAGUGGACGUCGAUCUGUCCGCACCAAAAAUCGAGGGAGACCUGAAUUUGCCGGACGUUGACAUCAAAGGCCCCAAGGUGGACUUUGAAGCGCCAGAGGUGGACAUUGAGGGCCCUGAAGGGAAGAUCAAAGGCCCCAAGUUCAAGAUGCCUGAGAUGCACAUCAAGGUUGAGAUGCCGAGUGUGGACAUUGAGGGGCCAGAGGGGAAGGUGAAGGGCCCCAAGUUCAAGAUGCCUGAGAUGCAUUUUAAGACCCCCAAAAUCUCCAUGCCUGACAUUGACCUGAACCUGAAGGGCCCCAAGGUCAAGGGCGAUGUCGCUGUUUCCCUUCCCAAAGUGGAAGGGGACCUCAAGGGGCCCGAACUGGACAUCAAGGGCCCCAAAGUCAAUGUGGACCUCCCCGAUGUGGAGCUGGAAGGGCCCGAGGGGAAGAUCAAAGGCCCCAAGUUCAAGAUGCCUGAGAUGCACAUCAAGGCACCCAAGUUCUCCAUGCCCGACGUUGACUUUGGCUUCAAAGGCCCUAAGGUCAAGGGCGACAUGGACAUGUCCCUUCCAAAGCUGGAUGCUGAACUGAAGGGGCCUGAACUGGACAUCAAGGGUCCCAAAGUGGACGUUGAUGUUCCAGACAUGGACAUUCACGGCCCAGAAGGAAAAAUAAAAUUCCCCAAGUUCAAAAUGCCGAAAUUUGGGAUGCCAGGGGUCAAGGUAGAAGGCCCCGAGGUGGACAUGAACCUCCCAACAGGAAACCUGGAUGUGUCCGGCCCCAAGGUGGACAUUGAAGAUCCAGAGGUGGACAUUGACCUCCCUGAGGGGAAGGUGAAGGGCCCCAAGUUCAAGAUGCCCGAGAUGCACAUCAAGGCCCCCAAGAUCUCCAUGCCCGACGUUGAUUUCAACCUGAAAGGCCCCAAACUGAAAGGAGACAUCGAUGUCUCUGCUCCAAAACUCGAGGGAGACCUGAAGGCCCCAGACCUCGACAUCAAAGGCCCCAAAGUCGAUGUUGAUCUCCCCGACAUUGAUUUAGAAGGGCCCGAGGGGAAGAUCAAAGGCCCCAAGUUCAAGAUGCCCGAGAUGCACAUCAAGGCCCCCAAGUUCUCCAUGCCCGACGUAGACUUCAGCCUGAAGGGCCCCAAAGUCAAGGGUGACGUCGACGUCUCUGUCCCCAAGCUGGAAGGUGACCUGAAAGGCCCAGAACUGGACAUUAAGGGUCCCAAAGUUGACAUUGAAGCACCCGAUGUGGACAUUCAUGGCCCUGAAGGAAAAAUAAAGUUCCCCAAGUUCAAAAUGCCCAAAUUUGGGAUGCCUGGGGUCAAGGCAGAAGGUCCUGAGGUGGACGUGGACCUCCCGACAGGAAACCUGGAUAUGCCCAAAUUUGGGCUGAAGGGAGAAGGCCCCGAGGUGGAUGUGAACCUCCCAAAAGGAAACCUGGACGUUUCCGGCCCCAAGGUGGACAUUGAAGGUCCAGAGGUGGACAUUGAUCUCCCAGAGGGGAAGGUGAAGGGUCCCAAGUUCAAAAUGCCCGAGAUGAACAUCAAGGCCCCCAAGAUCUCCAUGCCCGACUUCGAUCUCAACCUGAAGGGCCCCAAACUGAAGGGAGAUGUGGAUGUGUCCGUCCCAAAAAUCGAGGGAGAUCUGAAGGCCCCAGACAUCGACAUCAAAGGCCCCAAGGUCGAUGUUGAUCUCCCCAAUGUGGAGCUGGAAGGGCCCGAGGGGAAGAUCAAAGGCCCCAAGUUCAAGAUGCCCGAGAUGAACAUCAAAGCCCCCAAAAUCUCCAUGCCUGACAUCGACCUGAACCUGAAAGGUCCCAAAGUCAAGGGGGGCGUUGAUGUCUCCGUCCCUAAGUUGGAGGGCGACCUGAAGGGUCCAGAUGUGAACAUUAAAGGUCCCAAGCUGGAUGUGGACAUUCCUGAGGUGGACGUUGAAGGUCCCGAGGGGAAGUGGAAGGGACCCAAGCUCAAGAUGCCCGAAAUGAACAUCAAGGCGCCAAAGUUUUCUCUGCCUGAUGUCGACCUGCACGUGAAAGGUCCCAAAGUGAAGGGAGACGUGGACGUGUCUGCCCCAAAGAUAGAAGGUGACAUGAAAGUGCCGGAUCUGGAGUUGAAAGGACCCGAAGUGGACGUGGAUGUGCCCGACGUGGAGCUGGAGGGCCCCGAGGGGAAGAUCAAAGGCCCCAAGUUCAAGAUGCCCGAGAUGCACUUCAAGGCCCCCAAGAUCUCCAUGCCUGACUUUGAUCUCAACCUGAAGGGCCCCAAAGUGAAGGGAGAUGUGGAUGUGUCCGCCCCGAAAAUCGAGGGAGAUCUGAAGGCCCCGGAUGUCGACAUCAAAGGCCCCAAGGUCGAUGUGGAGCUCCCCGACAUCGACCUGGAGUGUCCCGAGGGGAAGAUCAAAGGUCCCAAGUUCAAGAUGCCCGAAAUGCAUUUCAAAACCCCCAAGAUCUCCAUGCCUGACAUUGAUCUCAACCUGAAGGGCCCCAAACUGAAGGGGGAUGUGGACAUUUCUGCCCCAAAACUGGAGGGUGACCUGAAGGGCCCAGACGUGGACAUCAAAGGUCCCGAUGUGGACAUUGAUCUCCCCGAGGGGAAGAUCAAAGGCCCCAAGUUCAAGAUGCCCGAGAUGCACUUCAAGGCCCCCAAGAUCUCCAUGCCUGACUUUGAUCUGAAUCUGAAGGGCCCCAAGGUCAAAGGCGACGUCGAUGUGUCCGUGCCGAAGCUCGAAGGGGACCUGAAAGGGCCGGAGGUGUCACUGAAAGGUCCAAAAGUGGACGUUGAGGUUCCUGACGUGGAGCUGGAGUGUCCAGAGGGGAAGAUCAAAGGCUCCAAGUUCAAGAUGCCCGAGAUGCACAUCAAGGCCCCCAAGAUCUCCAUGCCCGACGUUGAUUUCAACCUCAAAGGCCCCAAGGUCAAGGGGGACAUCGAUGUUUCUGCUCCCAAGCUUGAAGGGGACCUGAAGGGGCCUGAACUGGACGUCAAAGGCCCCAAAGUUGAUGUCAACCUCCCUGACGUUGACCUGGAGUGUCCUGAGGGGAAACUGAAGGGCCCCAAGUUCAAAAUGCCUGAGAUGCACUUCAAGGCCCCCAAGAUCUCCAUGCCUGACAUUGACCUGAACCUGAAGGGCCCCAAAUUAAAGGGAGAUGUCGAUGUCUCUGCUCCAAAGCUUGAGGGAGACUUGAAAGCCCCAGACAUCGACAUCAAAGGUCCCAAAGUCAAUGUGGACCUCCCGGACGUGGAGCUGGAGUGUCCCGAGGGGAAGAUCAAAGGCCCCAAGUUCAAGAUGCCUGAGAUGCACAUCAAGGCCCCCAAGAUCUCCAUGCCUGAUGUUGAUUUCAACCUGAAGGGCCCCAAAGUCAAAGGUGAUGUGGACGUGUCCCUUCCAAAGCUGGAGGGUGACCUGAAGGCCCCAGACAUCGACAUCAAGGGCCCCAAAGUGGACAUUGAGGCACCCGAUGUGGACAUU